UGCGUCUUCAGCACGUCGUUCUUUUCUAGUUCUCUCUCCUCAGAUUUCCGUUACGGUAAAACUUCAUUUUUCUUCAUCUUCCGCACCAGGGAACAACUUCCCCUUUCUUUCUUCUUCUUCUCUCUUGCCUGAAUCGAAGUCGAAAAACACAGAUUCAAUUCCACCAUCACUUCUUGUUCUUCUUCUGUUCGUCUUUCGUUUUAUAAAUUCUAAAAAUUCCAAAACACAGUUUUUCCACGCGUGACACUUCACCAACCUCUCUCACUCUGCGUCUUCCAGCUACAUAUGCCUCCUCUCCCACUCUACGUAUUCUUCCUCCUUGCUAACCUCACCUGCCUCUCCGUCACGGUCCAAUCCAAAAGAGACCCUGAUCCUUACCGCGAUCGCUUGCUCGGUUGUUACUCUCCACGCGCCCCCGGGUCGCGUCGCCUUCGCUGGAUUAAUGCGUGUCACCAUUGAUCUAGGGUUUUGGAGCCUGGUCCUUGUCGCGGUGGUCGGCCUCUCCGUGCCAGCGGUCGCCUUCUUCGUCCGGCACGGGUGCCGGCGCACGGCGGCCAGGGCGGAGGAGAUCAAGAGGCUUCUCGUUCUCGCCGAUGAGGAGUCCGUUAGGGCAGAGACAGAGACGGAGGCUUUGUACUACCACCAAUACCGCGUUGUUUCGGGGGAACUGCCGAGGGACAAAGUAUGCGCGGUGUGUUACUCUCCCACCACCACGCGCUGCGCAAGGUGCAAAGCGGUUCAUUACUGUUCUGGAAAGUGCCAAAUUGUUCAUUGGCGUCAAGAUCACAAAGAUAAAUGCCAUCCUCCCAGCCCAACUUGCCAGACGGAAGAUCUGGUUAGUGAUCUUGGGAAGAAGGUAGCAGAACCAGACUAUCGUGGAGUCCAUGAUGAGAAGUCUCAGAUUAAAAGCAGAGAGUAUGCAACAUCAUCUGACAAACCCCUGUUGUCUGAUAUGAGGUGUUCUCCUGAUAUUUCAUGUGCAAGGGAUGAUAGUGUAAGAGUUGAGUCUCUUCAAGAGGGAAAUGUUACAGGCUCUAAUUCUGAAUUAUCUAGUAACUCAUUCUCUGGAUUCUCAGCUUCCACUGGUGCUAGUGAAUCAUCUGAUGAUUCUUCUGUCUGUGAGAGUGUCACCUCCAAUGAGCAUGAGAGAUGCGAGGGACAUAUUUUUGUGGACCCCACCAUUGACAUUUUUUAUACCACUUGUAAUAGCAUUGGUGAAUCCAUUCCAUUAUCACCUAAGUUUGCUAGUUUGGUUGAUUUGGUUGAUGGUAAUCCUGCAAUGCAUAAAUUAAAUCAAAUUAGGCCUGAUUUUAGUAAACAAGAGAGUAAACUCACAUUAAAUGGUAGUUCUGGUUUGUGUAUGUGGAAAGGGGCAACAAUUGAGCCUAUUACAGUGUCUUCUGGAUUCUGGAAUACAACUCUUGAUUCAACGAGGAUAAAAGAUGACUCUAAUAGUGACCCUCUUGCAUCCCACUAUGAUGAUUCUGCUCCAAAGUCAGUUAAGAAUAAUAUGCCAUGUGCAAGAUCAGCAUCUUCAGAAAAUGAGGGUGUUGGUUGUGCUGAUGCUUUGAGCAUCCAUAAUUUGCAAACAGUUGGUUUGAGGGUAUCAAAUCAUGUUAUCAACACUGGUAGCACCUUGAAGUCAGCUCAAAGUAGAUGUCUGCCACAUGCAUUUGCUGAUACUAAGUUAGUUUCUAGAACCGAAGAGCAUUCACAUUACAGUACAAAAUGUGGGAAUAAUGGCAUCCAAUCUGGCAGUGCAACUUCAAAUUCAAAGAAUGACCUGAAAACAUCUGUUCUAAAAGUUUCUGAUCAGCUUAGAGGAUCAAAGUUGUCUAAACCCUUUCCAUCAGCUGUUGGGAGUGAUAUUACUGGAAAAUACAGUGAUAAGGGUCUUUUUCCAUAUGAUUUGUUUGUCAAGCUUUAUAACUGGAACAGAGUGGAGUUGCAACCAUUUGGUCUUAUAAACUGUGGAAACAGCUGUUAUGCUAAUGCUGUACUCCAGUGCUUGGCAGUUACACCUCCCCUGACUGCUUAUUUGCUUCAAGGACUUCAUUCUAAAUCAUGUGCAAAUAAAAAAUGGUGUUUCACCUGUGAGUUUGAAAGUUUGAUUUUGAAGUCAAAAGACACAAACUCUCCCAUGUCACCUCUGGGCAUUCUCUCUCAACUACAGAAUAUUGGGAGCCAACUUGGUAAUGGAAGAGAAGAAGAUGCACAUGAAUUUCUAAGGCUUGUUGUUGAGACAAUGCAAUCUGUUUGCCUUAUGGAAUCUGGGGAUAACAUGUCAGAUUCAUUGAAAGAGGAAACUAAUUUAAUGGGCCUAACAUUUGGAGGUUACCUCCAAUCAAAGAUCAAAUGCAUGAAAUGUGGAGGGAAAUCUGAGCGUCAAGAAAGGAUGAUGGAUCUGACAGUUGAGAUAGAAGGGGAGAUAGCAACCCUGGAGGAGGCCCUUCGACAGUUUACAAGUGCUGAGACUCUGGAUGGAGAAAACAAGUACCGCUGUGUCAGGUGUAAAUCUUAUGAGAAGGCCAAGAAGAAAAUGACAGUUUUGGAGGCACCUAAUGUUCUUACUAUUGCAUUAAAGAGAUUUCAGUCCGGAAAAUUUGGGAAGCUCAAUAAACCUAUUCGGUUUCCUGAAAUACUGGACUUGGCACCUUUCAUGAGUGGGACUAGUGAUUUGCCUAUAUACAGGCUAUAUGGGGUAGUUGUUCACCUGGAUAUCAUGAAUGCUGCUUUUUCGGGUCAUUAUGUGUGCUAUGUGAAGAAUUUCCAAAGCAGGUGGUUCAAGGUUGAUGACAGUGUGGUAACAGCUGUUGAAUUGGAAAGUGUCUUGGCAAAAGGAGCAUACAUGCUUUUUUAUUCAAGAUGCUCACCUAGAGCCCCAAGAUUAAUCAGGAACAGUAUAGUAUCUUCAGACUCAAAAUGGAAACUCAAUGGAAAAACUGCCACAAUGAAGUCAAGGCGACUAUCCACAGGUGCUGGUGUUAAUUUGACUUCCCCAGGUGGUUCAGCUUCCUUAGAUACACUCUAUUCGAAGUUUCUCCACUCAAAAAGGAUUUUGGAAGAAGAUUCAUCAAGUGAUAACUCAUCCCUUAUCAGCAGCAAUUCUGAUGAAGGUUCUUGCAGUACAGAUAGCACGGCUGAUUCAACCAGUACAGAUGACUUUGCUGAUUAUAUUUUUGGUGAUGUGGGACGUGGUGCAGGUGGCAUGUUGAGAAAUUCUGAUUCCAACAUCUGCCCUGCAUUGCCAUCUUUUCCCCACUCUGGAUAUUUUCCCUCUUCUGAUAUAGACCAACAUGAUUCAGUAGUUUUGCCACAUUCGACUGGGUUCCAGCCGUCUCCUUCAGAAGAGGGUCUUUUGUACAGGAACAGAGUAGUGGAUGUUAAAAGGAGUGGGGGAGGUGUUUCUCAUUUUCAUCUUGACACAAAUAUAGAGCAUAGGAAGUUAGAUACAAGUAGUAGUAGUAUUAGUUUUAGGGAGACUGAUUCUGUAUUUAAUGAUAGAAAUUCUGGUGUAUCAUGUACAAAGUCUAGGUACAGAACGGAUUGAAAAUUUUAUUGAGUACCAUACCAAGGUUUGGAGAGGCAAUGAACUAUAAAUAACAACUACUAUGGAAGCUCCACGUAAUGUGUUGUAAGCGGCGUUCUUUUUUCACCAAGACUAAAGUUGCACGAUAUGUGUGCAUCACAAGACACAAUCACAGAAUGUAAACUAAUUUUUUUCUCAAA